AUGACUUCUCUCAAGCAUGGCGUGAACCUGAGUCGGCGAGCGUGUAGGCAGCACGCCACCCUGAUGGUAGCUGUCACUCUACUAGCGAUUGUGUCAGCUAGUCCUAUCGAAAGUACCACGAAACAAAGUCCGUCCAUAACAGUCGAUGGGAUCUCCACGUACCCCGGUCUCGGGUUUGGGCCCAUGGGUCCUGUGGCGCCGCUGCCUGGGGAGCCCCCGGGCACACAGCUUCGCCAGAAGCAAGAGACUACUACUGAAACCACCACUACCGCAAAACCUAAGAAGGAAAGAACUUUUGUUAUAGCAGCUGUUGAGUUCCACCGCGUUGAAACACCUUUCUUGAUCGGCGUGUGGAUUUUCUUCGCUAGUCUUGCGAAAAUUGUGUUCGAGAGCUUCAUCAGAGAGGCGAAACUCUUAUCAGAGCAGAGAUCGAGCAAAUGCGACGGCAGGCACACAGACAAGUCUCUAUUGAAUGGCGUGCACGACUGGAGAGUGAGAAUAAUUCACGCGCUGUUAAUGCUAUCCUUCCAAACUUUGAAACUUGGU